AUGCGCGGGCUCAAGCUGCCCGCAGGCAGCAAAGUGCUGGUCGGCCCAUUGUCCUACAAAGAGGACGCCAACCAGAUUGGCAGCCACGUGCGGAAGCUGCUGGGCACCAACCACCGCGUUGUUCUCAGCAGCGAGGUUGUGAGCGGGCAGGCAGAGGCCGACGCGACCGUGCGGGUGGUGGUGCGCAUGGGGAGCGGCACGAUGGCGCGCGAGGCGGCGGAGCAGCUGCAUGGGCGGGCGUUCGAGUUUGGUUACAGCGAGAGCCCGCUUGGCGGGGGCUUGAAGCUGGGCGUGAAGGUUAUGUACCAGUCGCGGCUGCGGACGUCGCGCGGGGUGUGGGGGGCAGUCGGGGGGGAGGUGGAAAGGCUCAAGAGGGAGGUGUGGGGGAGGUUUGUGCGCGUGGGGAUCUUCCAGGAGGGCGGCGAGGGCGACCGAGGGCAUGUGGCGGUUACGGUGGGCGGGUGUGACCGGGCAGCGGUGUGUGAUGCGAAGCGCCGCAUCGCGGGGAUCAUGGCGGGUGAGGUUGUGGCGAGCCCGGGCGCGGGCGGGGUGCCGCUGUGGAGUGACAGGCUGCUCACCGCCGAGGGUGUCCGGGUGCUGCGGGGAAUACAGACUGAGACGGGCGCCUAUGUCCACUACGAUGUGCACAAGCGGCAGCUGGCGGCAUACGGCACGCCCGCUGCGCGGAUCGCGGCACGAGAGCGUCUCCUCGCGCAUCUCGGCGCACUACCGCCGCCACCGCCACCAGCGCCGGCGGAAGAGGCGGGCGAAGGGGAGUGUCCGGUGUGUCUAACGGAGCCGACAGACGCCGUGAUAAUACCGACAUGCGGCCACGCCUACUGCGCCGACUGUCUCUCCGCCUUCCUUGCCUCCACGCCGAGCACGCGCUCCUUCCCCAUCACCUGCAUCACCUGCCGCUCUCCCCUCCCGCUCUCCGUGAUCCCCGCGACGCUGCACACCGCCGCAUGGAGCAACCACGUCCUGACGCACCCAGCAGAGCUCACUUCUGCUCGACGGCCGACUGCACCGGCGUGCUCCCCGCAACGGCCGACGAGGAGGGCGACAUCGCGCUCUGCGGCGAAGUGGCGGCUCGCCAGCGAGUUCGAGGCCGAGCGGCUGUUUGGCGAGUGGGCGGCGGGGCGGGACGUGAAGCGGUGCACGGGGGUGGGGUGCGGCGCGGUGAUCGAGAAGGUCGAUGGGUGCAACCAUGUGCAGUGCCAGCGGUGCUUUGUGCAUAUGUGCUGGGUGUGUGGGGGGCUGUUCUCAAGGGCGGGCGUCUAUGUGCAUAUGAGGAAGGAGCAUGGCGGGAUUGGGCUGGGGGAUGAUGAGGACGAGUUUGAGCAGGUGCCGGCGGAGUGGGUGCCGGCGGUGGGGGGGGAGGAGGGGCAGGGGCAGUGGGUGGGCGGGGAUGGGUGGUAG